CUGUUCCCAGUCUGUAAAGGCGAGUAUUUUCAUGAAAUUCUGCCUGCUAACCCUCCAGCUGCUGUUACCUGCAAAAAUGGCUCACCUUCCAGCAGUUUUUAAGUAUGUGGAUGAACACGAUGAUCUCUAUGUGCUGCGUCUGGCAGAUUGGGUCAGUGUCCAGAGUGUGUCCGUUUGGCCUGAGAAGCGUGGAGAGAUCCAGAAGAUGAUGGAGAUGGCAGCGGAUGAGAUCAAGAGGCUGGGGGGGAAAGUGGAGCUGGUGGGCAACGGCACCCAAAAACUUCCCUCUGGUGAGGAGAUCCCUCUGCCUCCCAUCCUUCUGGGCAGUUUGGGCUCGGACCCGGCCAAGAAGACGGUGUGUAUUUAUGGUCACCUGGAUGUCCAGCCUGCUCAGGUGAAGGACGGCUGGGAUACGGAGCCUUUCACUCUGGUGGAGAAAGACGGUAAGCUGUACGGAAGAGGAUCCACUGAUGAUAAGGGUCCAGUUUUGGCCUGGUUCAACUGCAUCGAGGCCCAUCAAAAGAUCGGGACGGAUCUUCCCAUCAACAUCAAGUUCUGCUUUGAAGGAAUGGAGGAGUCGGAUUCUGAGGGUCUGGACGAUCUGGUGUUUUCCCAAAAAGAUUUGUUUUUUAAAGAAGUGGAUUAUGUCUGCAUCUCUGACAACUACUGGCUGGGAAAGACCAAACCGUGCAUCACCUAUGGCCUCAGAGGAAUCUGCGGCUUUUUCAUCGAGGUUGAGUGCAGCAAGAAAGACCUUCACUCUGGCGUCUUUGGCGGCUCGGUUCAUGAGGCCAUGACUGAUCUCAUUUCUCUCAUGGGCUGUCUCGUCGACAGGAAGGGAAAGAUUUUGAUUCCUGGGAUGUACGACAGCGUUGCUCCUCUGACAGAAGAGGAGAAAAAACUGUAUGAUGAGAUCGAUUUUGACUUGGUUGAGUUCCGCGAAGAUGUGGGAGCUGGAAAGCUGCUGCAUGAAACUAAGGAACAAAUCCUGAUGCAUCGCUGGAGGUAUCCGUGUCUUUCUCUGCACGGAAUCGAGGGAGCUUUCUCCGAAACUGGAUUCAAGACUGUUAUUCCCCACAAGGUCAUCGGCAAAUUCUCCAUCCGCCUAGUCCCUGACAUGGACCCCAAAGUCGUGGAGAAGCAGGUGAUCGACCAUGUGCAGAAGAAAUUCGCUGAAUUGGGAAGUCCUAAUAAAAUGAAGGUGCACAGUUUUGGUGAAGGGGCCAAAGCCUGGGUGUCUGACUUUAACCAUCCACACUACAUGGCUGGUCGAAGAGCAAUGAAGACAGUUUUUGGCGUUGAACCGGACCUGACCCGUGAGGGCGGCAGCAUUCCCAUCGCUCUGACCUUCCAGGAGGCGACAGGCCGGAACGUCAUGCUGCUUCCUAUCGGAUCCUCCGAUGAUGGAGCUCACUCACAAAAUGAAAAAAUCAAUAGAUCAAACUACAUUCAAGGAAUCAAGAUGCUGGCUGCCUACUUCCACGAAGUUUCAAAACUGGGUUGAACUCAUAAAGUCUUUUCUUAAAUAACAUCUACACUGACUCUCAGAAGCUAAACCCUUUUGGUACAGUUUUUACUUUUCAAUCAAAAGCGUUUCUGUAGACGUCUGACAGUAAACUGGCUUUCACAUUAAUCAGUUUUGGACACUGGUGAUAUUUCCUUCUUAUGGUGUUUUCAUGUUUAAGUAAUGCUACAAAUUUGCUGUUGACAAUAAGGAUACCAUAUUCUACUUUAUGAUGAUUUUCUUUUGCAAAUUGCUGCAGAAAUAUGAUACGUAAACAUAUGAUAAAUGAGAAGAUAUUGCUUUAAUUUACUAACAUCUAAACAAGCAUACAUUUUAAUGACUUUACUGAAUAAUUGGUCUACACCAGUCAUAAUCUGUAAUAACUUCUUUUUAAUUGAACAGGCAUACACCUGCUAUUUGCAUGCUGUUGUACAUUUUGCGUUUAUUUUAAAUUUUUAUCUUUUUAUGUCAGUAGCAAACGGGAAGCGUCUAUCACGUGAAAAGAGUCACACAUCAGCAUAAAUGACUGGCAUCAGCUGAACUGGAACCAACGGAAACCACAGGAUCAAGAACCAACACGCUAUAGGAAUACAGAACGCACGUAAACGGCGCCGCCAUAUUGCGAGUGGCUUUUUUUUUUUUUUUAAAUUUGUACACAAAUUUGCGUAAUAAGCCUCUUUUGCUUUGUAUAUUAAGCUAUGUGUCUUUUGUUUGACUACUAAAUUUAAAAUAUACAAAACUUCAAUCGGCUUGAGGUGUGUAUAAGAGUUAUUGUAAGUUUAUUUCUGGUUUAAAAAUGACAAAGAAUAUUUGAUUUUAUUCACAUAAAAAAAAUCUGACUCUUCAUAACCAAUGGAAAAGCCAUCGUCAUUUCUUUGUCAACUUUCUUUUUGUUUAGAAAUAUAAUAUUUUGUGUUUCUUGCUUUCUGUUUUUAUACUUUUAUUUUGUGUGAAUCUGCAUGCUCUGACUUACUUGUCAAUUUGCUGCUGGCAUGUCUGAAUAUCACCUCUAAGGGACAAUAAAGGUUAUUUCUGUUCUA